AUCACUUCUGCAGUAAGGAAAAUUUGUCGGUAUGCUUUCUUUGCGCAAAGCAUUCAUUUCUUAACUGUGUUGUGUAAGAGGUCGAGGCUUGAUUUCCCUGGUAUCUAGACUCGGAACAUCUGGAAGCGCACUCUCGUCUACAUAGAGUCGAACGCCACAUGUACAACACCGUUGAUCAUGAGCAUUCCAGCCGCCUUCUGAGAUCAAUGCCACCCAAGAAGCCAAGAGAAACCUAUCACAAUCGAAUACCAACGCGACCUAGGAUAGUAUCUCCCAUCAUAGGUUUCACAGUAAUACUGAUUGCGUCGGCCACUCUCAACCCGAGCCCAAAUAAGGCCCCUCUAUCUGACCGUAUCAGUGUCAUCGUAAAUUCAUUCUCACCCGAAGGUCUCGAGCUAUUCCCACCAACUCAGCUACUUGUUCCUCGAGAAUCGACUGCCUUGAUUUGUUUCCUUGUUGUACUUCGGUAACUGCAGACGGUGUCGCAGCUCGCACAGCCAUAUUAGUCUUAUUGCAUUCUCCGCGACAUGCUCGGCAGCCGUACUCUUU